AUGGCUCUCGCAGACCGGCCAGGACAGGUCUGCGGCACCGCGCGAGGAGGCACGGGGCAGUGGAGGGAGAGGGGCGAUGUGAGGCCGGGCACGCUGCCUGCGGGAAAGAGGCCCCAGUGCCUGCGCUCUGGCCUUGUCAGCGGCCCGCCAGGGAGGCGGACGUGGGGGCGCGAGUGGGGGCGGACCGGGUGGAGGGAACUGCGCGCGCGGCCGCCCACCGAGGGGCCGAGCCGGGGGUCCCGGGCGGGGCCGCUGCAGCGGGAGCAGCGCCCGGGGCUGGGCCUGGCCCGAAGCCCGGCGGGGAACACGUGCGGCGGCCGGGUGCGGUUUGGCAGCUCCUGGCGCCGCCCCGCUGCCCGCCUUGUGUUCCCCGGGCCGGGCGGCUCCCCGCUUACCUGCCGGGCCGCGGCGGCGGGGCCGGGCGCUCGGGGCGUCGCGUCGGCCGCCGCCUGGGCGGGAGCGCGGACUCAGCUCGACAAGGCGGCAGCUCGGGCGGGCGCCAGGCGGCGGGGGCGCAGUGCGCGUGCGCGAGGGGAGGGGGCGGUGCCCGGGGGGAGGGGCGAGCGCACAAAGCCGGCCUCUCCGAGGAGCGCUACGGGCAGCGGCAGCGGCCAGAAUGCCUCGGGCCGGCCCAACGCUUUAAAGGGACAGCAUGGGUGUGCCCUCGCGUUUCCACAGACAGCACGCCCUGCACACAGACACAAGCGGCCCUCUGAGACCUGCGCAGGUGGCGUCGCCCGGCGUUGUCUCCGGAGUCGAUUCGGGCCGGGGCACCUCCCCGGGCGACCAGGCCCGUUCUUGAUCAUCGCUGGUACGGAUGAGAGCGGCAGUGGGCAUUUGAAAAGCACCUGGAGCCGCGCCCGGGCGCAGUGCCCCCAUGUGGCCUCCCACCCCGGGCGGGCAGGACGAUUCCUGCCCAUUUGGAAGACCAGGAACCUGCCAGUUCACAGGGUUCGGAAGCCCGGGCUGCGCCUUCCCGCGGGGCCGGCUGCCGGGCUGGGGGCUCUUCCCGCCUCUGCAUGCACAGAGCCCGCGGUGCACGAACCUGCUCCCCGCCAGCCCCGCGGACUGGCAGAGCCGCUCUGGAGUCACCCGCGCCCGCUCCGCAGUGCGCAAACUCACUUCGCUGCGGGCUCUCCGGGGGCCAGCCCUUCCCUCCUGGGCGGGCAUUUUCACCUCCAGGUACAAGGGGGUGGUCUCCAGAGGAGGACUCAGGGGCUUGAGGAGAAGCUGAGGCCCGGUCCUCUGGCCUCAACGACUGCACAUUCUCUCCGCCUGCUUCACUUCUUAGAGCUUUGGAGUGAGGAAACCAAGGCUCAGAGAGGUUGAGAAGCUGCCCAAGGACCCACAGCUAGUGGCCACAACCAGGGAAGUGAGCCCUGGCUCUAGGCAGGACCCGCACACCCGCCAGUCUACUCUCAGUGCUUCCAGGGGUGGCCUCUUCAGAGACGGCACCUCUGGGAUCAGGAGCAGGCGGCACGGCUCUGAGGUUGCAGCAGGGUGAAAUGCAGAACACCAGCCUGUUUUAGGACUUGGGGCUUUCGAAGAACCGUGUUGUCACCUAGUGACUAGUGUUUCCUCGGGGACAGUGGACUGCCGAACUCUGAGAGGGAGGGCCACCGGCAGGAAGCCUGGGAGCACUGGGCCCUUCAUGGCCAGCCCAGAGCUUUGGGGGGCAGCAGAUUCCAAUGGCAGUUGAUUUGGGAGGGUGGAGGAAGCCGAGGGACGGGGGAGUGCCCAGGACCCAGGGUUUCCCGGAGCUGCUGAGCAGAUUUCCAGGCUGGUGGGCCCCCUCAACCUGGCCACCGUGCAGGGAGCUGUUGCUGCUGCCUGGAGAUCCUAUGGCUCCCUGCCAGCCAGGUCAGUGGAAUUUUAGGCUGAAUUCCUUUUCCCCUGGUAACUAUGCCAGGGCAGCCAGUUGGGGGAUUCAUGUCACCAUCCCCCAUCCCCGGGAUCUCCCCAGGGGCCCAUCAGGGCCUUUACCUGACAGCUUUAUGCUGAUUCUCCACGCUCAGCCCAGGUAUCCAGAAAGCCACUUCCAGUCCUCACUGUACCACUGUCCUUCUCUUCUUCCCCCGGCCUUAGCUUCCUGGUACAGAAAGAGCAGGGUAGACGGAGGAGCCCAUCUUGUUGUUGACACGGACUGUGUGGUUUCUUCUUUGUGUCAAAUUCUCUCCUUCCACUCCGUUCUCCUUCCCACCAGCCUCGUUCUCCAUUCAUCACAUCCGCUCCCCUGGCCACCCUCUAAGGUGACCCCUCUAGAUUGCCCCUGUCUCCAGUGACAACACUCCACUUUGACUGGCACAGCCCCAGUUCCAGAACCGGAGUCCUUGCCCCUGGCAGCCCCUCAAUCCCAAAGAAAUCCGGAUGGUUGAUCACCUGGGUUGUCCCUUCCUUAAGGCCCCUCCAUCCUUGCCAGCAUCCUGGCCCUCACCAGGGGCCGCUCCCUUGUCCACCUCCCUCGCUACUGUGGGCUCAUGAGAGAGGGACACCCUGUCCACCUCGGUGCCUGCCAGGAGGGACGCAUGGCAGGUGCUCAAUAAAGACCCUCACAAUGAAUGAA